UCCUCCUCUUCCUCCUCUUCCUCCUCCUCUCCCUCCUCUUUCUCAUCCCCCUCCUUCCCUUCUCCACACACCCGUAUAUUGGAGCCCUCCCCUCCGGACGUGAUCGAUGCUACUUUCCCUUUCCGGCUGGUCCUUCGUCGACUCAAAAACGCCGUCGGCCACGCUGUCACCGUGGGACUCAUGCUCGUCACCAGCUCCUUCGGCGCCUUCUCCCUCCCAUUCCCCGCCGCGGCCAUCCCUCCCCUCAUGUCCUCGGUGCCCGUGCCAAGCACCAGCAUGCCCGCCACGGUGGGCUACCGGGAUGCUUCCCUCUUGCCGUACGAGCUGACCAUGGGGGAGACGUCCCGAAUAGGGAUCUUCCAGGAAGCCACGCCCAGCGUGGCCAACAUCAACACCUUUGUGGAACAGCGGGAUGCCUUUUCGAUGAACGUGAUGGAGGUCCCGGCUGGGACAGGCUCCGGCUUCGUGUGGAACGACAAAGGCUACAUCGUGACGAACUACCACGUGAUCCGAUCCGCCGAGUCCGCCCAAGUCACCCUCACGGACCGGGACGGGCAUCAAUCGACCUACAAAGCCCUCUUGCGCGGCUUCGACCCCGACAAGGACGUGGCUGUCCUCCGUGUGGAAGCCCCCCCCGCCUCCCUCCGGCCCAUCCCCGUCGGCUCCUCCUCCACCUUGAAGGUCGGUCAGGCGGCCCUGGCGAUUGGCAACCCCUUUGGCCUCGACCACACCUUAACUUCCGGGGUCAUCUCGGGGCUGGGCCGGGAGGUGCGCUCGCCGUCGGGGCGGCCCAUCAGUAACGUGAUUCAGACGGAUGCGGCCAUCAAUCCAGGAAACUCGGGCGGGCCCCUCUUGGACUCCGCCGGGCGCUUGGUGGGGAUGAACACGGCCAUCUACUCCCCCUCCGGGGCCUCCGCGGGCAUCGGCUUCGCCAUUCCGGUCGACACGCUGAAAUUUGUGGUGGAAACCAUCAUCAAGGACGGGAAGGUGGUCAGACCCUUGAUUGGGAUAACGUACUUGGAGAGCAGCCAGGCCAAAGCCUUGGGCAUCGACAAGGGCGUCCUUGUGCUGGACGUGCCUCGGCAGUCUCCCGGGGCCUUGGCCGGGAUGCGGGGCACGUCCCGGAGCCGCCUGGGCCUCAUUCAACUCGGGGACAUCAUAGUCCAGAUCAACAACGACGACAUCAACAACGAAGCGGACUUGUUCAAGACCUUGGAGAAAUACCGACCGGGGGACAAGGUCAAAGUGGUGGUGCGACGCGUCUUGGCCGUGAACGAGACGGAGAAAGUGAUCUUGAACGUGAAGCUCCGAGGCUCGGACCAGGCCAUGGCCAUCGGACGGUAG